AGAAAAAGAUAAGUGUAUAGCCAUUAAAUUGGGACUUUUAUUUAACAAUCCAGUGAUCGAACUAAAGAUUGAGUUACAAGGUAAACGCGGCGUGGGGAAAACACACGUUGGCAAGGGGAGGGCGAGAAAAGACGAAGAGACCCGAACACGAGUGGCACGCUUUGUGUUCUUUUCCGUAACAGCUCGAUGCUACGCAAUUCUUUUGAUUUUGAAAUUACUUUCGAGGUUGCAACAGUGCUUGGUUUCAGAGGAAUAUUCACCGUCGGAACACCGUCUAUGCAGCUGAUUUUUCUUAUAGAUUUUACAGCUGACAGCUGUGAUUUCAUGUUCUGGUUAGAAACUAACCAAGACUCCUUCUUUCGGUAAAGUUUACGAGAACCUAACUGACGGAUGGUUGCUAACCAGAUAUUUAGAAAACCAUUUUCAGCAUGUUGCCGAAUAAGUUCUGGUUAAACGCUUUACCAUACAUAGUAAGUAUGUAUAGAUGUUUUUUGUUUGUGACUUAUUCAAGUCAAAUUCUUUUCAGCUCUCGUAGUAUUGUGGUACUCAUAAAUAUUUGGGUUUGCGAAAGCUCUGUGCAAAUUGGGUUCUGCUGGAAUUCACAAAUGACUAAAAGCAACAAUGAAUUGAUGUUCAAUAGUAAGAAAUUCGAAUUUUCAAUUUAAAACAAACCAUUCAGCCUGCCCUGUAUAUUAUAGAUCCCACACAAUAUCAUUAUGUCCGUAAAUUUUUACUUGCCAUCGUUUAUUGUUUUCGGAGAAAUAUUAUAAAGUAUAACAUGCUUGAGUCAAAUGGUGGUCUCAAAUUGUAAGAAACAUUGAGUAACAAUAUCACAGAAUCGUAAUUCAACCGAAUUGUUACUCUAUUUUUUUGUGAUUUUAAGCUCUUACUGAUCAUUAGAGUACUGCUUCGAGUAACAAAACUACAAAGCUAUCUCUUCUUUCACUAUCUUCAUCCAUUUCAAUUUAUAGCCGUGCAUGCACAUAGCACAUCCUCUCUACGGUUUGAUUUAGUGUUUGCUGAGUUUAAAACUUUUUUCAUGUGUUCUACAGUUAACUCGGUCCAGUAAGCUUGUGAGCGCGUCAGUUUUUAGACAUUAACUAGUUAACUUCCACAGAUCUCUCUUUUGCAUAUCACUGAUCGCAGUUGUUUCAGCGUUGUUCGCCACUUUUAGUUUAUUUGUGAAGCUUUUAUGUCGAAAUUGCCGUUUUGAGUAAUACAAUUUGUUCAUACAAUAUUGAACUGAUGUAGUUAAAUAUUUUUCAUAGUGUAGUGUUUUUUAAGUUAAACAAACAAAAGUUGUCGUUCUAAUACCCAAAAAAUAAUUUCAAAUUUUUUUUCCAAUAAAAACCAUUUCAAUUGGCGAAAGGGUGCAAACAGCUAAAAAUAAAAUCUUCGUCUAGAGCAACCAUACCUAGAAUAGAGAAUACCGAUAUCAUCGAGAUCAAAUAGGAGAGACCGCUUUUGUUUCUAAAAAUGUCGAAAUUUUGGGCCGCCUUAACCCGCCGAAAAACGGACGAUGUCGUGGAAAACGAAUCACAAUUAGCACGUGUACUCAAUCUCUUCGAUCUUACUGCACUCGGUGUAGGCAGUACGCUCGGUCUAGGCGUAUACGUACUCGCCGGUUCAGUCGCUUAUAAUAUCGCCGGUCCAGCCGUCACCAUAUCAUUUCUCAUCGCUGCGCUUGCAUCCGCUUUUGCCGGCAUAUGUUAUGCUGAAUUUGCAGCUCGUGUGCCAAAAGCUGGCUCUGCAUACGUUUACAGUUAUGUAACAAUUGGAGAAUUCGUAGCAUUCACUAUCGGUUGGAAUCUGAUAUUGGAAUAUGUGAUCGGCACCGCCAGUGUAGCUCGCGGUCUGAGCGGCUACUUUGACGCGCUCAUCGAUAAUAACAUGUCGAAGAAGUUGACGGAGGCCAUACCUAUGAAUGUGGAUUUCUUAGCGAAGUAUCCGGAUUUCUUAGCCAUGGGCGUAAUUUUGCUGCUGGCGGCAUUACUUGCCUUUGGUGUGAAAGAGUCUAGUUUCUUGAAUAAUAUUUUCACGGCUGUAAAUCUAAUCACAAUUGCUAUAGUAUUAGUAGCUGGUGCUAUAAAUGCUAACCCUUCUAACUGGAGCAUACCAAAAGAUCAGAUACCCGAGACUGACAAUAAUAGAUUCGGCAGUGGCGGUUUUAUGCCAUUUGGUAUUACCGGUGUUAUGGCCGGGGCAGCGAAAUGUUUUUAUGGUUUUGUAGGCUUUGAUUGCAUAGCCACAACUGGAGAGGAGGCAAUUAAUCCAAAGCGAAAUAUUCCACUCGCGAUCGUUAUUUCGUUGAUUAUCAUAUUCUUGUCUUACUUCGGCAUUUCGACGGUACUUACUAUGAUGGUGCCUUAUUUUGAACUGGAUAAAGAUGCACCAUUCCCGAAGGCUUUUGAUGACAUUGGUUGGUCCGCUAUUAAAUGGAUUGUUACAAUUGGCGCAGUCUUUGCCUUGACCACAAGUUUGUUGGGUGCUAUGUUUCCAUUGCCACGUGUUCUUUAUGCCAUGGGCAACGACGGAAUUCUCUACAAAUCAUUUUCGAAAGUACAUAACUACACCCAAACACCAUUGCUGGCAACAAUUAUAGCGGGAAUUUUUGCAGGAGUUAUGGCACUUAUUUUCGAUCUGGACCAGCUGAUCGACAUGAUGUCCAUUGGUACACUACUGGCUUACACAAUCGUAGCGAUAUGUGUACUCGUACUGCGCUAUCAGGAUGAAGAUAUGGAUACGAAGACAAUCUCCGUUAGUUGUCCCAAAGUUAUACGUCAAUUCUUCAAUGGAAAUUCUUAUCGUGAACCAAAUUUAUUUACAUCACGUAUUACAAAAAUAGCCGUCGUAGUAUUUGCGCUAGUGUGCAUCGUCUGGGAUAUAGUAGAGGCACUUUUUGGCUUAACGUCGACAGAGGGUGCGGUGGCACUAGGUGUUAUGGGUGUGCUGCUCAUAUUUAUUGUGAUUAUAAUUGGUAUGCAACCGGUCUCGACAAUUGAGUUAACUUUCAAAGUUCCACUUGUGCCGUUCAUACCUUGCUUAAGUGUUUUCGUGAAUGUUUAUUUGAUGUUCCAGCUGGAUGUGAAUACUUGGAUACGUUUCCUUGUAUGGGUUGCCAUUGGCUUUGCCAUUUACUUCAGCUACGGUCUGCGCAAUUCUACACAGGUCACGAGGAAUCGUAACCACGCCGAAGCAGCGAUAAGAAUGCAACAUACAAAUCAGGCAUUUGAACCGGACUGGAAGGUGGAGAACGGUGGUAAUGGGGUUGUGGAAAAGCAGUAGUAGUAUUUUAUUCAAAGUAAAACUUAUAUGAAAUGUUUCCGUAAAUAUUAAGCAUGGCUUAGAGAAUCAUGAUGUGUUGGCAACCGUAUUAAUUAGAUGAAAUUGGAAAUAUCUAACAUUGUCGACAUUAAAUGUAGAUUUAAGCGUGGCGUAAAAACCAUCCGAUGGAUGAAAUAAUAGUUCCAAAUGUCUAUACUGUUUCAGGUUGUUCAAGAAAUUAUAAUUGUCCGCGCAUUACUAUUUCUUAGAGUAAAAAUGACAAUAACUGUUUCGGAUAUAGAAAAUUUCUUGUAUGCCAUUCCAACUUUUAAACUAAAAAUACUAUUUUUUUUAUACUAUUUUUGUAAACUUUUGUACAAAUAAUUUAUUCUAUUUUACUUUAUUUGUAUUUCACUUUUCUGUAUUUCUUGCCUUUCUUCUAAAUUUUACAACAGUACUCAAAUUUGAGAAAAAAUCAUAAUAGUUUGCUAAAUAAGAAAUGUACAUAAGUUCGAGAGAGAUGAAUAGAUUGCGCAUAAAAACUAAACGUUUGCCAUUAUUGUCUGGUAUUUGAGCUGCCCUUUUUCGUGCACACUGUGUUAAAUGUUUUAAUAAUUUAAAGAAGAAAUUUACAUAGUAAAUUGUAUAAAAAGUACGCUAAUUUUUUUUAAUUUCAUAAUGCUCAAGUAUCCGAUUUGAUUAACUCCUGCCACAAGCAAUUACGUUGUUUUUAUGUGCCCAUUCCAUUGUGCUAUCAUUACUUUCUUUUUGUUUACCUUUUUUUUGUUAGCUAA